GGGCUUCUAAACGACUAGAAAUGUCAAUCUGAGCAAGGGAGUCCCAAUAAUCUAAAGCAAUCUGUAAGGACCUGACCUUAGUCCAUCCAGAUCAAUAGGGAAGUGAGGGUGGAAAGAAGAAAAGGAGGAAGAAAUAAGGGGCGCAACCGGAUCGUUUACACUGGCUGUUCCCGAGGAAAUAUAGACUUCCCGUGCUUGCACCUUUUGUUGCGCACAUGCUCACACUGUAAAAGUGGAUAUCGAGGCAAUUUCCAUUGCUUUGUGAGGUUGCAGCAGACUUUUCCCUCUUUUUUGCCACCAACAUGUCUUUCCCUCAGCUGGGAUAUCAGUACAUCCGACCGAUAUACCCGCCGGAGCGCCAAGGGAUCGCCAGCAAUGCCCGAGCUGGGACAGAGCUCAGUCCGUCUGGCGCACUCUCCAACGUCCUCUCCACUAUGUACGGAUCUCCUUUCGCCGCAGCCGCGCAGGGCUACGGAGCCUUCCUCCCUUACACAAACGAUAUAUCUAUUUUCAACCAGCUGGGGGCUCAGUAUGAACUGAAAGACAGUCCCGGCGUCCAGCACCCCGGGUUUGCCCACCACCACCCCGCUUUUUACCCAUAUGGUCAAUAUCAGUUCGGUGACCCGUCCAGACCCAAAAAUGCCACCAGGGAGAGCACCAGCACUUUGAAGGCCUGGCUCAGUGAGCACCGCAAGAACCCCUACCCAACCAAGGGCGAGAAGAUCAUGCUGGCCAUCAUCACCAAAAUGACCCUCACCCAGGUGUCCACCUGGUUCGCCAACGCCAGGAGGAGGCUAAAGAAGGAGAACAAGAUGACCUGGGCCCCGCGGAACCGCACCGAUGAAGAGGGGAAUGUUUACACGAGCGAUCACGAGGGGGAGGAGGGGGACAAGAGGGAGGAUGAGGAGGAAAUCGACCUGGAGAACAUCGACACGGAAAAUAUUGAGAACAAGGACGACUUGGACGACCAGGAUGACCUGCAUUCAGACAGCAAACUGGACGGAAGGAGUGACUCGGAGAUUUCUGACGGCUAUGAGGAUUUACAAGGACCAGACCAGAGGUUUCUAAAGGCUGUGGGGAAGGACAGAGACGCGCAGAGAGGAGGAGAGCACUUCCACAGCCAUCAUCACCACGUUUCUAUGGACAUCAAAGCGUCCCAGCCGAACGGGGAGCAGCUCAAACUGAACCCGGCGCCCGCGGGCUCCCCGCCCUCAGAGAACAACCCGGCCCCGGCCCAGAAGCCAAAGAUCUGGUCUUUGGCAGAGACAGCCACGGCCCCGGACAAUCCGCGCAAAUCGCCGCAAAUAAACGGCAGCAACUCAGCAGGACCGGCCGCUCAGACCCUAAUCACCCCCCACAGACUCAUCUCUUCUUGUCCCAUUGGGAAAAUCCAGAACUGGACGAACCGAGCCUUUUCGGCGCACCAGCUGGCUUUACUGAACUCCAAUCAUUAUCUGGGACUGGCAAACCAGGCCGCAGCCACCGGCCUGGCCCUCUACAGCAGCAGCAGGCAAACGGAGGACAAGAGUCAUAGUUCAGAGACUCCAGUCACAGGUACAUGUCCCCGACACUGAGACGCGCAUGUGUAAACAACUAAAAAAAGUCCAACAAAGACACUCAUCCAAAAUCUGCGAUUCUUUUCUUUCUUUUGCCCCCACUUCUUCUCCUUCAUAAAUUUGUUUUCAUUCUUUUUCUUUUUCUUUUUUUUGAGGCCACACAAAUCAACUCUUAGAUGACAGUGUGUGCAUGUGUGUGUGUGUGUGUGUGUGUGUGCGUGUGUGUGUGUGUGUGUGUGUGUGUAUGUGUGUGUGUGUGUCUGUUUAGAAAAAUAUUUUGGACAAUUUAGAAAGAACAAUUAAUUUAAGUAAUAAAAAAACAUUUCCCGUUUAAAUGUUGGUUAAACAUAACACUUCUGUUUUAAUUGAUGUUUUCCACGAAUCCCUGCAUACUUAAAACAAACUGAAUAAACACCAUGAUGGAAAAAGAUUUUACAUUUCUUACAGUUUCCAAACGAUCUAGUGCCUUGGAAGCAGGUUGUAGGGGGAAAACAGCUUUUACACCCCGUUCAGAGACUGUGACGCUGUCAGUUAAUGACAAAUUUUGAAUUUUAAUAUUAACGUCCUUUGAAAGUUUCUAAUUUUAAAUGCCGCCUUUACCCAAACGAAGUUGGGUCUUGGAAGUUCUGGAUCCCUGCGCGCGCGCGCUGGUGUUAUUUUGGAAAGGCCUGCGUCAGUCCUGACUCGUUCGGUCAUGCAAAUGAGCUCGCCACUAAUUCAAGCUUCAUUUUGAAAGGCAACAGUCACUUUUAGAUCACUUUGUGUUUUAGCUCUUCUCAGAACCUUUUAGGGGUGGAUUUCUUUUCAUUUUUCAAUGUUUUUAUUUUAUUUUAAUGCAUUCAUUUGUCCCCUUCUUCUGUGAUUAUUUUAGGCCUCAAUUAUCGUUUAUUUCCCGUCACCUUUGUGCUUUGUUUCUCCUCUUCCUUUAAUUUGAAUUGAAAUAUGGAAUGUAAAAUAAGAAUUAUACACCUCUGUAUAUCCUACUUACAUUGUAAGCAUGUCCUGUGUAAAAUUGCUAAUGUAAUAAUGUAUGAACUUGUAGUCUGUGCGUUUUCUUUCUUUAUUUUGUCCCUUUUUUGUAAGUUCUGUGAGGAUUCGAUGUUAAAAUGUUUUGUAUAUAAAGUUAAGAAUAUGUACAUACUUGUGAACCAAAUUGUACAAGAAAGUCUAUAUUUUGGCUAAUAAAUGAACUGCUGCAACUUAAAGAAA